GCUCUGCCAUUAGUAUUGUGUGCACUGGCUCUUUAAGAGAAUCAGGAAGUGAGUGUCCUGGCCAUGCUGCGCAGAGAUGAUGAUGUAAUGUGAUUCAGACCACGGAGACGGCAUGUUGUUCUGUUCUGUAGCUGUGUUAGAGUUCAUAAAAGCAUUCCCUGUGAGUAUUGCAUUAAAAAAUGAUGUUUAGAUGGAAUAUAUGUUAGAAAGUAGUACAUUUAAGUAGUUCAUUUAAUGUUUAAGGAACUAUUUACAAGUCUUAUUUUGAAUGCAUUAUUUUGGCUCAUAUCAACGUAAUGAGACAGUAUAUGAUUUAUGUUAAGCUUUAAUUAACAAUUGCUGCAUUAUUUGUGUAUACUGAUGCACCUAUACUGUAUCUGUUUGUUAUAGUUUCACACCUGCCAUAUAAAAACGGGUCCAACUCAUCCUGACGUCUGCGACUUCUUGUGUGGGGGUGUUUAACUAACUGGAAAGUGAAAAGGUUUCAUGAAGCCAGUACAGUGAAAAGGGACACCUUUCGAUGAACUGCUGAACCCCAGGCUGCACUGUCAUACGCUGUUUUCAGACCAGCACGACAGACGUUGUUAAGUCAGCGUAAAGGCAUAGUGAGUCCAUCAACACGAACAAUGGAGAACGCUGAAUCUACGGUUUCCCGGGCAAGCAGAUCGUCCGGAAGCAGAUCGUCUGCCGCAAGUCUAACGUUAGCAGCUGCCACAGCACGUGCAAAAGCAGAAGCUGCCCAGGCCAGAGCUGCAUUUGCAAAGAAAGAAAUAGAAAUUAAACUAGAAAAAGCUAGAUUCAAUUCAAUUCAAUUCAAUUCAAUUUCAAUUCAAUUCAAUUCAAUUCAAUUAUUUAUUUAUUUCGUACUUGGAUGUGUACAUUUCAACAACAUUUCAACAAUCUCACAUACCUUACUGCAUUCAAUACACAGCCAUGUCGAAAAGGAACAGGAUGAAGAAAAUCUUAUAUUUCCUGCCCCUUCGCACAAAAGAAACAUUUUCUUGGUAUCUCUAGAUUGGAAGCAACACUCCAUGCACUCGAGAAAGAAGGUGAAGCACAAGCUGCCGCCGCUGAAGCAGCAGUGAUGGAGGACGCUGCUGCAAGAUUGGAAACGACAGUGGAACAUUAUAUUCAUCUGCCCUCACUCCAAAGCGCCCAUGAGCGGACAGCUGAAUACAUAAGAAAACACAGUGAGCCCAGCAUUGAGCCCAGUGAUAAAGAGCCACGUGAAAUACACACAAAUGACAUUAAACCAGAUGAAGGGAUGAACAAAGUAAAAAUUAAGGAAUCAGAUAGGCAACAGGAAUCUGUACCCACAGUCUCAAAAGACUAUCAGCCCCAAAGACCCCCAGAAAACAGUGCCCAUAAUAUUCCUAUGUAUACAACGCCCUCUACUGUCCGCAACCGGUAUUACUCACCCGCUCAAUAUCAUUCUAAUGAUAAUAAUGAACUUGCUAAAUAUCUAGUAAGGAGUCAGUUGUUAACGUCUGAGCUCACAAAGUUUGAUGACAAACCAGAAAAUUAUUUAGCUUGGAAAUCAUCAUUCACUAACGCUACCGAGAGUCUUGAUCUUAAAGCUGGGGAAGAAAUUGACCUCCUGAUUAAAUCACUGGGCCCAGAGUCAGUUAAACAUGCACGUCGUAUCAGAGCAGUGAAUAUAAAUAAAUCACCAGCUGCAUUACAACUCAUCUGGGACAGGCUAGAAGAGACCUAUGGUUCGCCAGAGGCCAUAGAGGGCGCUCUUUUUGCAAAACUUGACCAGUUCCCCAAAAUAGGGCCAAAAGAUCACCUAAAACUAAGAGAGCUAAGCGAUUUACUGUUGGAAAUCAAUUCAGCAAUGCAAGAAGGAUAUUUACAUGGACUGUCCUAUCUUGAUACGGCAAGAGGCAUCGCUCCAAUCGUGGAAAAAUUGCCGUAUGGACUACAGGACAGAUGGAUGAUGGAAGGCUCGCGCUACAAACAGGAAUAUAAAACUCACCUUCCCUUCCUCUCAGGUCUUCCUUACCUCCAGCAUAUCACGGCGGGGAGCAAGAAGAUGGGCAGGAGGAAACAGUCGUUGCAAGUUGCACUGAGGUAUGUGGGGAGGGCUUUUUAGGAAAGUCAUGUUCUAAAAUAUGCCUGGUCAGUGUUUACCCAGCUAAUGACCGCAGCAAGAGCAAAAGAAUGUACGCCAUGUUGGACGACCAGAGUAACUUGUCAUUGGCACGCUCUGAGUUUUUUGAUAUGUUCAAAGUUAACAGCCUUGCAGCGCCAUACACUCUGCAGACCUGUUCUGGUGUAGGUCUCACAGCUGGUCGCAGAGCCUCUGGUUA